AUGGAUAAUAAAAGAAUUUAUUUUGGAGCAAUUAAAAAAGAAAAUUUGAAACAAAAAAAAGAUAGUAUUAACAGUAUUGGUAGUAGUGGUGGUGGUGAUGAAGAGAACCAAGCAGAAUUUUUACCAUUUUCAAAACACACAAAAAGAUCACAAGAACAACAUCAAAAAGUUUUGGAUGAAUAUGAAAGAAAGAAAAGAGCAAAACAAGUUAUAGUACCAACAAUUGAUAAUUUAGUAAAAUUAAAACUUCGAGAAUUAUUAGAACCAAUUAUAUUAUUUGGUGAAAAGCCAGAACAUAGAAGAUCGAGAUUAAGAGAGAUAUUAAUUGAAAGAAAUAUUAUAGAUGGCACACCAUUAUUAAUUUCAAAUAAAAAAGAACAAGAAGAGCAAGAACAGUUAGAAGGUAGUGAUGAAGAGAAUUUCCUUACAGAGGGCACAGAGGAAUUAAAAACCGCUAGGAUUAAUAUAUCAAUUUAUUCAUUAAAGAAAUCACAACAAAGAUUAUUACAUUUAAAAAAACAAAGAGAAAUUGAAUUAUCAAUACAAAAAGAAAAUGAUAAUUUAAAAAAUCAAUUUGAAGAAAAACAACAAAAAAGAAUUCAAAAAAAAUUACGAUUACAUCAACAACUUGAAAAUGAUAAUAUGAAUAUAGAUGAGGAGGAGGAUGAUGAUGAUGAUGACGAUGGUGACGAUGGUGAUGAUUUAAAUAUGAUGGUAAAAAUUAAAACAGAGUUUGAAAAAGAUAUGGAAUAUACAGUUAAGGAAUUAAAGAAUUAUUAUUCAUCAGUUAGUCAAAUUGGUGAUGACAGACCAUUGAGUAUGGGUGUAUUUUCACCUGAUGGUAAAAAUGUUGCAAUUGGAUCAUGGAGUGGUGUUUCAAAGGUUUGGAGUGUUUCAGGUCAAAAGAAACAAAUUCUAGCAGGUCAUUCACAAAGAGUAAGUUGUAUUGCGUAUCAUCCAUUGUCAGGUAUAGAUGGUAAUCAUACAAAGAAUUUAGUUAAUAUUGCCACAACUUCUGCUGAUUCAACUUGUAAGUUAUGGCCUUUAUUAAAUAAUGAUAAUAAUAAUAAUAAUAAUAAUAACAAUGAUAAUGAAGAAGAAGAUAAUGAUGCGACUGUUAGUAUUGAGACACAACCAAUAUUAUCAUUAGAAGGUCAUAGUGAUGUUGUAAAUAGAUGUUCAUUUCAUCCAUGUGGUAGAUAUAUAACUACAAGUAGUAAUGAUAAAAGUUGGAGAUUGUGGGAUUUGGAGAGUGGUGGUAAAUGUUUAUUGGAUCAAGAGGGACAUAGUGAUGGAGUGAUGGGUAUUUCAAUUCAAUCGGAUGGUUCAUUACUUGCAACAGGCUCUCAAGAUGGAUUGGUUAGAAUUUGGGAUUUAAGAAGUGGUCGUCCAAUCCUCUAUUUCCAAGGUCACUCUAAACAAGUGAUCUCUGUCGAUUGGUCACCAAAUGGUUAUCAAUUGGCUUCUUCCUCUGAAGACAACACUGUAGUCAUUUGGGAUAUUCGUAAGAAAGAACAAUCUUGUCAAAUUUUAGCUCAUAAUUCAAUCGUAUCAUGUGUUAAAUUUCAAAAGCAAUCUACUCAAACUAAUAAUAACAACAACAACAGUAGUCCUGGUUGUGUAAAUUAUUUAGCAACAUGUUCAUUUGAUGGUAAAAUUAAAACUUGGUCACCAAAUACAUGGAGUCCAUUAGCAACAUUUGAAGGUCAUUCAUCAAAAGUUACUUCUAUUGAUUUAACAAAUUCAAAAAUUUUAUCAACUUCAUUUGAUAAAACUUGGAAAAUUUGGAGUAAUGAUAAUUAA